CACGAAACCGAAACAGAUUCGUAGCAGAAUGCUUUAAAAGUACAUAUAAAAACGGGACAAAAGUUUAUGAAAGUGCGGGUGAUCUAACCACGUUCGUUUACGGCGAGGGGCGGGAUCGUGACCGAAGAUGAAUACCCCGCAGUCGAACAAAAAAAAGGGGAGGAGCAGAAUCGGUAUCAACAACGAUACCGGCAGUCCCGCGAACGCCGAAACACUGAACACGCAGGAAUCUUCGAAAUUCGUUUUGGUGAAUCCUAUCGGUGAAGAGAACAAGUCGUUCAAAAUUGGGAUCAAUGACCUUGUUCCUAUCAUCUCUUUGGAAGGAAACAGUUUCGAUGACAAGAACAUGCCUACGAAGGGGAUGCCUACAGACAAAGAGAGGGAAGAGAAGAACGUACUCAGUAGCUUACCCGUUGCCAAUGUUCACGAGAUCGAGGGAUACGAGGAACAACUCGGUGUGGCGGAACCGCUCCCGAAUUCUUACAUCAGAUUCAUGGAACGCAGUGGAGAAGAACUUGAUGGUGAAGUAGAAUACGAUCUGGACGAGGAAGACACUGCUUGGUUGUCUAUAGUAAACGAGAGGAGACUAGCCUCUGGCUUGAGUCCACCGUUAGAACCCGAUACUUUCGAAUUGUUGAUGGACAGGCUGGAAAAGGAGUCGUACUUCCAGCAACAGAGUAACGGCGGCGGUGGGAUUGCGGCCGACGAGGACGCGGUUUGUUGCAUUUGCAUGGACGGCGAGUGUCAGAACAGUAACGCGAUCCUCUUCUGCGACAUGUGUAACCUCGCCGUUCACCAAGACUGCUACGGCGUACCGUACAUUCCUGAGGGACAAUGGUUGUGCAGGAGAUGCCUGCAGAGUCCAUCACGAGCCGUGGACUGCGUUCUGUGCCCGAAUAGAGGCGGCGCCUUCAAACAGACCGACCGGCCGGCGACGUGGGCCCACGUGGUGUGCGCCCUGUGGAUCCCAGAAGUGAGGUUCGCCAACACGGUGUUCCUAGAGCCGAUCGACAGCAUCGAGAGCAUACCUGCGGCUCGGUGGAGGCUCACGUGCUGCGUUUGUAAACGCAGAGGGUCUGGCGCGUGUAUACAGUGCCACAAGAGCAACUGUUACGCAGCGUUUCAUGUGACGUGCGCGCAACAGGCUGGCCUCUGCAUGCGGAUGAGGACAGUACAACCUGCGAACGGGGAGCCGAUGUUAGUACAAAAAACGGCUUACUGCGAGGCCCACACGCCUCCUGAUUACCAACCUUCGACCAAUCCCGCAGACGCGAGGAGGCGAGCGAUCGCGAACAAGAAAAGCUCUUCCGCUCCUGUUAUCUCGAUUCCAACCAUACCACCGGAGCGUAUUAAAGAGAUCGCCAGUCUGGCCGAAGGACUGCCUAAACGGAGCCAGUUGAUACAACGGUUGAUAGCGUACUGGACCUUGAAACGGCAGUACAGGAACGGUGUCCCGCUUCUCAGGAGGCUUCAGAGUUCGCAUCCUCAGUCAAGGCCACCUCCGCUCGGUGACGCCUCUUCACCGCCGCCGGACAGUGAACUGCGCGGGGAGAUGUACCGCCAGUUGAAGUAUUGGCAAUGCCUGCGGCAGGAUCUCGAGCGGGCGCGACUACUGUGCGAGUUAGUCCGCAAACGGGAGAAACUGAAGAAGGAAUUGUUCAAAGUGAAGGAGAAAUGUUUGUGGUUCGAACUACGCCCACUGGAGAGCAUUCUGCGUACUUUGUUAGAAGCGAUCAAGGUGAAAGACGUGAACGAGGUUUUCGGGCAGCCGGUGAACAUCAAAGAGGUCCCGGAUUAUUUAGAUAUCGUGACCCAUCCCAUGGACCUCUCCACCAUGCAGACGAAAAUCGAGAGGCAGGAAUACGACACGAUCAGCGCGUUCGAAACAGACUUCAAUCUAAUGGUGAAUAAUUGUCUGGCCUACAAUCGUAAAGACACGAUGUUCUACCGGGCGGGGAUCAAGAUGAAGGAGCAGGGAGGUGCCCUCAUUGAACAGGCACGGAAGGAUUACCCGGAAUUGGACCCGGCCGGUGAGAACGAACAAACGGCGUCUAAGUCCCGAAAGAGGGAUCGCGCGAACAGAAGUCGCGGUGAGACCGAGUUACAAUCCGGGGAGAAAGACGUUGGCGGAGGCGGGGUGAACAGGAGAACUGCUGUUUUAUUCACUCGCAAAGCGAAGGCGAGGGCUAGCAGAAGUAAUCAGAUGUUCGUUUUGGAGGACGAUAAGAAGAAGCAGAACGACAGUUUCAAAGUCUAUAGAAGCGGGACGAUGGACAGUGACGCGGCUGAAGGCGAGAGUCAGUCGUCGAGCUGCAGCAGCUGCUCGACGAGCAGAUCGACUACCCCAGAUGUGGAGGAGGAGAAACAGAAACAGCAGGAAGACGAGACUAAGAAAGAACUAGAGAGCAAGCAAACCCCGACGAGCAAGCAAACGCCGGCGAGCAAGCAAAGCCCGGCGAGCAACGGCUUGGAGGCUCUUCAACUCGUCUGGGCCAAGUGUCGCGGCUAUCCGUGGUACCCGGCUCUUAUAAUAGAUCCUAACACGCCGAGAGGCACGGUGCACAAAGGUGUACCGAUACCAGCGCCACCCGAUGACGUACUGGCGCUCGCUGUUAAUUACAAGGAGCCUGUAUUCCUUGUUCUCUUCUUCGACACCAAAAGAACAUGGCAGUGGUUGCCUGGUGAGAAAUUGGAGAAGCUGGGCGUUUCGCAAAAAGUGGACGAAGCGAAGUUAAUCGAAUCUCGUAAGCCCACAGAUAGAAAAGCGGUGAAAAAAGCGUACCAAGACGCGCUUAAUUACCGAAAACAGACACACAACACAACGUUGGCCGCUGGUGCAGCGAGUUAAUCUCGCGGAGAAAAUUCUUAACCGUAGUACCCCUCACCCCCGAUUGGGGAGUUGUAAUUAUGUAAAAAGUAUUUUAAACUAGGAGUGUAGCUUACGCUUAUCAUUUUCCAACAACUUAUUUAUAUUUUUAAAUAAUGACUGAGAAUAAAACUGUUUAUACGAAA